GCGCCGUCCAGAUGCUGUCCAGAUCCGCCAUGCGCAUGCCCACCGUGGCCAACCAGAUUGUCGCCCGUCGUGCCUUCUCCUCGACCCGCAUGCAACUCGCCAGUCCCUACCACUACCCCGAGGGCCCUCGCAGCAACUUGCCCUUCAACCCCUUGACCAAGUUCUUCGCCCUCAGAUUCUGGGGCUUCAUGGACGCUGGCCCGUCCCGUCGGAUGUAUAUAAUAGUGACUCUGAAUCCCGAACACGUCUAUGACUUUGUUUUUGCAUUUGAAUCCAUCUUUUGUGCCUGUCCCGAAUUGCUUGUCGUGACCUUUGAGCUUGACCCUCCACCAGCUCUCGGCGAGAAAAGCCGCGCUAGCCCCGGCUCCCAGAAUUUUUUGAAGCUGCUGACCAUCAAUUGUUCAAUCAAUGCUUGUAACAUAACACAUCAAAUCAUGCGAAACCUACGGAAUUCGAGGCAUACCCUCGUCGAGUUCCCCACCGACUCCCUGCCACCAACAGCUACGACCUGGGAUCCUGCCACCGAUGGUCAUAUUGCCGCCUUUGGUCCUUCGUCUUCUAGCCCGGUCAUCGAACUCAGACGCCUGGCCAAGGAUUGCUACUCUGCUCAUGAUGCAAAACAAAUUGCUUCAUGGGAUGCUCCUAGCCCUUUGCCAGAUAUUGACGUGGACCGAAUUCUGUCGUUACAGUACUUUGCCGACACUGCUACUAUUUGCUUAAUUCUGGCUGGUGGCGAUAUUGUCAUUGUCAGAGAGGAGCCACUACCUGGAGAGGAUCUCAUCGAAAUUGUUGGCUCGGUCGACGAAGGUAUUGCUGCAGCUGCAUGGUCGCCCGAUGAGGAACUGCUGGCCAUUAGCACUCGCGCCAACACCUUGAUUCUUAUGACCCGUGAUUUUGAGAGUAUUGCCAACGUCACUCUUACUCCCGAGGAUGUUCAAAUAUCUGCCCAUGUCUCUGUCGGAUGGGGAAAGCGCGAGACUCAAUUCCAAGGAAAGAGAGCCAAAGCUCUCAAAGAUCCUACUGUGCCAGAACAUGUUGACGAGGGUCAAUUGAGCUCUCUGGAUCAAAUGCAGACUACCAUCAGCUGGCGUGGAGAUGGUGCUUAUCUGGCUGUCAACUCUGUACAGGACGGAAAGCGACGAAUGAUCAGAGUCUAUUCACGAGAAGGUGUACUUGACAGUGUUGGCGAGCCCGUAGAUGGACUGGAGGGCGCUUUGAGCUGGCGACCUGCUGGAAACCUUAUGGCUGGUGUACAGCGUCGAUCUGACCGCGUGGAUGUCGUCUUCUUCGAGCGAAACGGCUUGCGUCAUGGUGAAUUCUCUUUGCGCCUAUCUGCAGAAGAUAUGGAGAGCUGGGCUAGCUCCAUCACUCUUGCGUGGAACAGCGACUCCACUGUUCUCGCUGUUUCGUUCAAAGACAGAGUACAACUCUGGACCAUGGGCAACUACCACUACUAUCUGAAGCAGGAGAUCUUCACCAAUAGCACAUCAGAGGCAGAAUCUCUUUCAGUCCGCACAGCUUGGCAUCCGGAGAAGCCACUCUAUCUUUCUGCAUCAUCCGGUCGUAUGUCUUGCAAGAUCUUACUCAAGCUAAAAAGCCGCCUGCUAACGUGGUUUCAGNACUCUCUACAGAUGCUCUCUUACGUGUUUACCGUAUCAAAGAGCUCGUCAACACCGCCAUACGACCUUGGUCUUACCUCUGUCAUCGACGGUCGUAACCUGAAGAUCACACCACUCAGAGUAGCCAAUGUACCACCGCCAAUGGCCUUCGCGGAGCUAGAGCUUGGUGCGAAUGCCAUCGAUGUUGCUGUUAACCAAUCGGCAACCAAGAUUGCAGUACUGCAUCAACAAGGUGUCUUCCUGUAUGAGCUCGACUACAGCGUCAGACCGUUCCAACACCCCAAGCUCUUGCGUGAAGCAUCAUUGGCAGAGCAGAUCCCAAGACAAGUCGCAUUCUCUGGAGAGGAUGAUAUUUCAGUGCUCUGUAGCGAGCCAAACACUCAAACCGAUAGCAUUGUCGAGCUCAAGGUUUCUGACGACAGUGCUUUCGACUCGCGUGAAAUGAGCUCAGGUGUAGGUUCUCUGUUCUCCGCUGUAGACUUCUCGAGUACCUGCUUCGAGGAUGCGCAUGGUGGUGUGUACCAGGUCGGUACUGCAGCCUCUUCUUCCUUACUUGCCAAGUUCCCAGUACACUGCCCUUGGACCGAGGUUUGGAGGGAUGACGAGACGACAAUUGUGUUUGGUCUCUCGGCUGGCGGUACCUUGUUUGGCUACCGCAAGUCUCCAGAUGAUGAGAAAGCACAAGAGUGUCUACAAAUUCGCAACUGCACCUCGUUCCUGACCACUCCUGCUCAUCUCAUCUUCACUACGACUCAACACCUACUCAAAUUUGUCCAUCUGCACCAAGGCGAUCUGGAGAUACCCCAGGACGAGCCCGAGAAGGACGAACGGUGUCGUAGCAUCGAAAGAGGUGCAAGAUUGGUGGGCGUUAUGCCUACGGCUUUCUCCCUUGUCCUUCAAAUGCCAAGAGGCAACCUGGAAACAGUCUACCCACGCGCUUUGGUUCUCGCUGGUAUCCGCAGAAGUAUCAGUGCUAAGGACUACAAGACAGCUUUCUUUGCUUGCCGUGGCCAAAGAGUCGACAUGAAUAUUCUCCACGACUAUGCACCCCAACAGUUCAUGGCCAACGUUCUAUUAUUCUGCAAGCAAUUGAAGAAGGCCGAACACAUUGAUUUGUUCCUCUCACAACUACGGGAUGAUGAUGUUGCAGAGACUAUGUACAAGGAAACACUCAAUGCUCCGAAACUAGGUCUGCAUGGUGACAGUCCGACCGAAACUCAGCAGACGGCCGCUGAACCCCAAAACUCGAAGAUUAACAGAGUCUGUGACGCUUUCUUGGACGUCUUGCGCAACCGAACGUCUACCCAUCUACAGAACAUCAUCACAGCGCAUGUUUGCAAGUCCCCGCCUGAUCUUGACGCUGGUUUGUCCUUGAUCGCCAAGUUGCGAGGGGAGCAGCCGGAUCUGGUAGAGCGCGCUGUCGAGCACAUUAGUUUCCUUGCCGACGUGAACCAGCUCUAUGAUCAUGCUCUGGGUCUGUAUGAUCUUGACGUUGCGUUGCUUAUUGCUCAGCAGUCACAGAAGGACCCUCGAGAGUACCUUCCGUAUGUCCAAGGCCUUGGCAAAAUGCAGCCACUUCGAAGACAGUUCACGAUCGACCAUGACUUGAAGAAACACAACAAGGCCCUUGGUCAUCUAUUCACCAUGGAUGGGUUUGACGAGCUCAAGACCUACAUGGCUAAGCACGAGCUCUACAGUGAUGCCAUGCAUCUUUACAAAUACCAAGCUCAGCGAUUGAACGAGAUCAUGAAGCUCAAUGCCGACUACCUCAACAACCGCAAUCGUUACAAGGAGGCAGGUAUCGCUUACGAAUAUCUAGGCGAGUACAGCUUGGCAUUCGAGGCUUACCGAUCUGCGAACGAAUGGCGCGAGUGUCUUUCGUCGGCUACCCUUAUACCUCUGCCCGAGGACGAGCUCGUGGCUGCAGGUGAAGCAUUUGCCGAGGCACUUACAGAGUCAAAAGAACAUUACGAUGCAGCAACCGUUUAUCUCGAUUAUCUUAAUGACAUUGAAGGAGCCAUCAAAUGUUUGUGCAAGGGUUACUACUACGCCGAAGCUAUACGUGUCGUUGGCCUGAGACGACGCGCCGAGCUGAUCGCAUCUGUUAUCGAUCCUGGUCUUGCAGAGGGGUCCGGAACCAUGACGGAGCUUCUCGCAGAGAUGAAGGGUCAGCUCAAUGCUCAAGUACCGCGACUUCGAGAGCUGCGACAGAAGAAGGAGGAAGAUCCACUUGCUUUCUUCGGAGGCGUUCCUGCAGACGGACCGGAUAUUCCUGACAACAUCUCGCUUGCACCAACUGAAGCUACUACUUCGGCCGGUACCUUCAUGACCCGCUACACAAACCGCAGUACUGGUACCCUUGCCUCAAACGCCACACGCAAGACGUCGAAGAAUCGUCGUCGUGAAGAGCGCAAGCGAGCCAGAGGCAAGAAGGGCAGUGUUUACGAGGAAGAGUAUAUCGUCAACUCGAUAGGUCGUCUCAUUGAACGUACAAACAGCGUUAGUGAGGAGGUUUCCCGCCUGGUCGAAGGUCUAAUGAGGAGAGCGAUGAGAGAGCGCGCUAUUGCAGUGGAAAAUGCCAUGGCGGAAGUCGUCGACCUGUGCAAGACUUGCAUACCCGAAGUUUUCCAGGUCAUGGCGGCACAGCUAUUAAACCCCGAGUCUGGAGAGAUGAAUGGGGAGGAUGAGGCUGGCAGGCCUACGGCCGGUGGUCAAGCGGUCUUCUUUGAUGCCAUGGAGGCAAAUCAAACCAAGCGAGAGCCACCUGUAGUCAAAGUCUUCUCUAGGCUCUCUUUGCUUGCU